AUGGCACCGACACAACUGAAAAUCAAAGGCAAUAGAGCCUUCUCAAUGCUUUCAUCGAUAGAAAACGAGGCGGACCUAUCGAAAACGUGGCGACUCAUGACAAAAGUUAAGGAUGCACUUGAAUACGGAAAACGUUUAGAAAAUCUUUCGUGGCGUCUCUGGUUCAUGCAUCAUCAGAUGGUGCAUGAUCCGAAGACUCAGUCAAAGUUUAGGAGAUUAUCCUCACUAACGACAAAAAAGCUCGAUACUGAAAAGUCUACACAUCUUAGUAAGCUCGCUGCGCCUAUUUAUCGUCCGCGUCAGGAAGGUCAUCAUGAUAAUAGUAGACGAGGAAGGAACAGACGUAAUAAUCAUGGUGGUGCUGGAGGCAAUGGUAGUAAUGGAAAUCAUAGUAAUAACAAAAGACCACAGGGAAUUUCUACGUCCGGCAAAAAAGCUGGUGCAAAUAGUCAAAAAAAUACGUUAAAAGAUAAGAGCGGAAUAAGUACGGGCAAUAAUAUUGCUACAAAAGUUGAACCUACAACCGCUAUUGCAUCUGUUGAAGAUAUGAGCAGAGAUUUGAAUUCAGAGGGUCAACAACAAUCUAUGAAUAAUUACUCGAUCGUUUCGAAAGACAAUGACGAAGAUGAAGUUAUGAUUGAUAAUACUACUAUGAGCAAUGAUUUAACCGUCUCUGACAGUAAUAGUUUGAAUGAUUCUUAUGCCUUUGACAUUAACGUGAUGGACGUAGAAAAUAUGACAAGUGAUAAUGUUAUCGAUGAAAAUAUCUCACCUUUGACUCGCGCUUCCGACUCGUUAGAUGAGGAAAAUAAUGAUAUCACUGCUUCAUACACCAGCGACCAAGAAAGUGAUUCGGUCUUAAGACUACCUGAUCUAGAAAGAGACACGGUCUUAAGACUGCCCGGUCAAUUUGUUGGUUUUGAUACUUAUGUAUAUUUGAAUCCUGCACGUAAUGCUCCUACUAUGGAAUUGGAUAUGAGCACAAUGCAUAAUAGGUUUCCUGAAUUUUCUUCUUCAGAAUCAUCUGAACCCACUUCCCCCACCGGAGAAUUUGAAUUUUACAAUAAUUCGAUGUUAUCAGUGACAGCGGCUGAUGGAGGAAUCGGACAACAAUCAUCUUCGGGAAUACAAUCAAAUUUAACAUAUCAAAUUGGCGAGCAAUUAGUUGGUACAUCAUCAUCUGGAAUACAUAGUGCCGUAUAUGUUCCUCGGAACCACAAUCACUCCCCCACUACAGAUAUAAAUAGUAGCCUCAUGACAGCGUUGAAUUCAGGGCUUAGUUCCUCGAAUGUUAAUAAUUUAUCGGCUAAUAAUUUAAUGGGAGGAUCACAAACCGUUAACUCAUCAAAUUCACCAAACCGUCAAACAACCACCGCAACUUCAACAUCGUCGUCAACAACUUCAUCGGCUACUACGUCUGAAAAUCGGCCAAAGAAAACACAUUCAAGCGGUGAUCAACAAUGUUUCAAUUGUGGUGUCACUUCCACACCACUUUGGCGGCGAUCGGCCAAUGAUGAAUUGUUAUGUAAUGCUUGCGGCUUAUAUUUAAAACUGCACAAGAUGGCCCGACCAAAGACGAUGAAACCGCACAUCGUGCGGAAAGACGCACGAGAAGAUGAGAGCACACAGCCAGUUUGCUCUAAUUGUGGUACGAUGACUACACCAUUAUGGCGAAGAGAUGAGGAAGGACAAACGCUAUGUAAUGCCUGCGGGCUUUACUUCAAACUCCACCACGAAAAACGACCGUUGUCCAUGAAAACGGACGUUAUCAAAAAACGUCAGCGGUAUGAAAAUGGACAAAACCCUAACCGCCGCUCAAGUAAAAAGCAACGAUCAAUUGACGACAGCCCGCAACAAGAAUCACAGCAACUACCAUCCCCAUCACAACAAUCUACACAUCAAUCACAAGGAGUAUAUGGUCCGAUUAGUGUAUCACCCACGACCACUACAAUGACUAUUCCACCACCACAAACAUCAACUAAUUCUAAUUCUAUUGGAUCAACAUCGACCCUAUCGAUGAAUGUUCCAAACAAUUUAGUUGAUCAAGAACACCAUCAUAUUUCAGUUUCCUCGAUAUCAAUGCCAUCGAGUUCUUCAAUGACUGCAGCAACUUCGAAUCGAUCUUUACACGGAAGUUUCCCGUAG